CACUCGUUUUUAUAUUCCUUUUCUCUUCUGUUUUCAUUUCACCAUUCUUCUUUCUUCGAUUUCUCCAGAAUACCAACGAGAAUCGGUUCUUCUCUGUUUCAAUUCUCCACUCUCUUCACUUUCAUCAUUCAUCAACUCCUCUGCAUCAUUCAUAAGAAGAAAAAAACAUAGUUUCAGAUUAUUCUAGUUUUUCAUCCUUUUCCUGUUCAAGAUUUUGCUGUAAAUUCUGAAACUCACAGUUUCAGCCACAUUUGAGUUUAAAGAUCUGUGCUUUGAUCCCAGGAAGGUUCAGCUUUUGAAGGGGUUGGUGUUAUUUUCCUCAUAAGCCAUUGAUUAGUUCAGGCCUCUUCUUGUUGUGGAAUGGUCAGAGAUUUCUGAGACUUGUUCUUACAGGUUUUUGGUGAAUUGAGUCAGUGUGGUUUCUGUCAUGGGUGGUUGAGAAUCUGAGUUGUCUGAGAUCUAGCUAUCUCUUUUCUUCUGUUCCUCACACACCCUUUUGUUGCAUAGUGGUGAAAGUGAAAGAGUGAGAGAAGAUGAUGAAGAUGAAGAAUCAUUAUAGUAGUAAUAACCAAAAGACAAAUGGUCUUGCUUCCAUCAUGAAAGGAGUUUCAGAUGGUGGCAGAGUUGAGUCUGGGUCAAAGGAAUGGGAGAUGAGACCAGGUGGAAUGCUGGUGCAGAUGAGAACCACCGAGUCGGAUCGGAACUCAGUGCUUGUUCCCACCAUUAGAGUUAGGGUCAAGUACGGUUCAAUUUACCAUGAAGUCAACAUUAGUUCUCAAGCUACAUUUGGGGAGUUGAAGAAGAUGCUAUCAGGGAUAACUGGGUUACACCAUGAAGACCAAAAGCUGUUUUACAAAGACAAGGAGAGGGAUUCAAAGGCUUUUCUUGACAUGGUUGGGGUGAAGGAUAAAUCCAAGAUAGUGCUUGUUGAAGACCCUAUUAGUCAAGAGAAGAGGUUGUUAGAGAGAAGGAAGAAUGCUAAGAUGGAGAAAGCUGCAAAAUCAAUCUCAGAAAUCAGCUUGGAAGUAGAUAGGCUUGCAGGGAGGGUAUCAGCCUUUGAGUCAAUUAUUAACAAAGGUGGAAGGUUUGCAGAAACAGAUGUGCUUAAUCUGAUUGAGUUAUUGAUGAAUCAAUUGCUUAAACUGGAUGGUAUAAUGGCUGAAGGGGAUGUGAAAUUACAGAGGAAAAUACAGGUAAAAAGAGUUCAAAAGUAUGUUGAAACUCUGGAUUUGCUGAAGGUUAAGAAUUCCUUGCCUGGUAGCAAUGGAGACCAUGCACCAGUGCAGCCUCAACAGAAGCAUUCAAAUGGCCAAAGGCUGGGACCAGUUAUAGAGCAACAACAAAAGCACUCAAAUGGACAUAACAGAUUAGCAUUAGCACCAAUUCAGGAGCAGCAGCAACAACAACAACAACCAAGGAACUCAAAUGAAAAUUUCCUUGAACUUUACCAUGAAGAACAACAUCAACCCUCAAGGAAUUCCACCUCAGGAGUUGUAGUUACCACAAAUUGGGAAUUGUUUGAUUUUGCCCCACCAUUAAUCCCUGUUGCAUCCACAUCCCCUCCCCCACCACCCCCAGUGGCCAAUAGUUCAGGUCCUCCCAAGUUCAAUUGGGAACUCUUCAACUAACUAUCAUACCAUGUGCUUUCACUUGUGUGGAUGUGAUUUGGGUUUGUCUUUCACUUUGAGUGUCAUGUGUUUUACAUUCUUUUCUGUAUUUAGAUUUGUUUGCAACCCCUUAUAAUCUGUCACUUAUACUUCAAAAAUAAUGGGGUUGCUGUCACAGUGAUCAUCAUAGAAAAAAGUUACAUUUCUGUGAUUUUGGUGUCCACUGAAUUCACUUACCAAAUCAUGAGCCUAUUUUUGAUGGAUAUCUACAAUAUUAUUAUAUAAGCACUUGUAAACUAUGUUAUUGGAAGCAUUGUGUUUUAACCUAUGUUUGAGUGUCUAAAAUCCCAUUUAAAGAA